AUGAAGUCGCUCCCGGCUGGGGUGCAAGGCAGCAUUGGAUUUUUGGCGCAGCAUGGGCGCUAUGGUUGCUCACGUUGUGCAUACAUCAGACAGGAACUGCGCUUUGGCAUAGUGGCUGUGGCGCAAUUGCCCACACAUUUUGUCCUUGCUGUCAAAUCUCGAUACAAUCCUUUAGCAUUGCUUUUCAACACUUCGUAUGAGAGACUGCUACCAUGGCACCGGAUAUUCGGCAGACUGAUAUUCCUCCUGAUCGUUGUCCAUGUGACAUUGUACCUGAACUACUUCAUCCAAACGGCAACGCUGCAAGAGCAUCUCACAUCGCUUAACAUCAUCCUUGGCAUCAUAUCAUUCAUGUCCCUUUUCGCCAUGGUGAGCACCAGCACUGAAGCCGUCCGUUGUCGUAACUAUCGGUUAUUCUACAUCACGCACUCGAUUCUUGCAUCCCUCCUCCUUACCUUUCUCGUUUUUCACGCAAAGUCUCUACGCUGGUACAUUAUUGAGACACUGGCUGUUACCAUUCUAUCCCUCCUCAACCGUCUAGACACCAUCGCAGCAUACGCGACCAUCUCCCGAAUCCCGCGGACGAACCUAAUCAGGGUCCAGAUUCCUAUUCCCGCAUCGAGAGUACAAAGGUUCCGAGCAGCGCCAGGCCAACACGUCUACUUAUCGUUGCACGCGGAAACAGCGAUGAAGAUCAAAUCCCCGCUCAUACAGAACAUGUUCCUUCGAAAUCCAUUUACUGUCGCGAGUGUCUCGGAGAAUAAUGAGAUCACCCUCGUUGCGCGGGUGCAAGAUGGUCCUACGACCAGAGCCUUAGAUGCUCUGGCAGAUUUGGCGGAGAAGCCAAGUCUGGUUGAGAUCUACGGACCUUUUGGGAGUAUCCCACGGUUCGCAAAGCUAGGAAGGGAGUAUGAUCGGAUCCUUGUUGUGGCGGGUGGAGUCGGGGCGACUUUUGCUUUGCCGGUCUACCGUGAACUGAAGGAGCAAGUUGAAGCGGAGGGCAAGGGACAAGAUAGGAUUACAUUUGUCUGGUCCAUGAAGUCGCUGGAAGAAGCGGCGUGGAUAAUGGGGUUGGCGGAUGGGCAGGCCUUGACGCAAGAUGAGAACGUCAAAGUAUACCUGACUCAGUCCUAUCAUAUGCGCAGACAAAAGCCUUCGCCGAAUGAGAGUGUUGAGUUGGAGGAGUUGCAAGCGCCAAGACCAGUUGUAUGGUCAUCUGCGGAAACGGGACGGCCUGACCUGGGCAAAACUGUGGAUGAUGUCCUCGGCUUGUCUGAUGAGCGCGUAGCAGUGCUCUUUUGUGGACCACCAGGGAUGGGGAGGGUAUUACGGGAAAGUAUUGGCAGGUAUGUGCGGGAAGGACGAGAGGUCUGGUGGCAUGCUGAAGCCUUCGGGUGGUGA